AUGGUCGAUGCCGGCGACGACACACCGGCCGGAGCGCCGCCGCGAGCUCACGAGGAGGAGCAGGCGGGAACUCCGGCGUACGGUUCGGUGGUCCUCGGCGGCACCUUCGACCGCCUCCACGACGGCCACCGCCGCCUUCUCAAGGCCUCCGCGGAUUUGGCGAGGGACCGGAUCGUGGUGGGCGUCUGCACGGGACCUAUGCUCGCCAAGAAGGAGUAUGCGGAGCUGAUUGAGCCCGUCGACAAGCGCAUAAAGGGCGUGGAGGAUUACAUUAAGUCUAUAAAGCCAGAACUGAUAGUACAAGUGGAGCCUAUUGAGGAUCCUUAUGGCCCAUCCAUCACUGAUGAAAAGUUGGAUGCUAUUAUUGUCAGUAAGGAGACAUUAAAUGGUGGACUUGCUGUAAAUAGAAAAAGAGAAGAGAAAGGGCUCUCACUGUUGAAGGUUGAGGUUGUUGAUCUCCUUUCUGGUGGUGUGGAGGGGGAAAAAUUGAGCUCUUCUGCUUUAAGGAAACUUGAGGCCGAGCAAGCUCAACAAAGUGAAACAAAAACUGCUAGCCUUGAAGUUUCUUAG